AUGCUCCUGCUGCGCUGCCCGCUGCUNNUGCUGCUGCUGCUGCUGCCACUCAGCUCCAGGCCCCAGAAGUUACCUACCAGAGAUGAGGAGCUCUUCCAAAUGCAGAUCCGGGACAAAGCGUUUUUUCAUGAUUCAUCAGUCAUCCCAGAUGGAGCCGAAAUUAGCAGCUACCUCUUCCGAGACACGCCUAAAAGGUUUUUCUUUGUGGUUGAAGAGGACAACACUCCCUUGGCAGUGACAGUAACACCAUGUGAUGCCCCCCUGGAGUGGAAACUGAGUGUGCAAGAGCUCCCAGAAGAAGCCAGUGGAGAAGGUUCAGGUGAACCAGAACCUCUUGAGCAACAGAAACAGCAGAUUACUAACGAGGAAGGCACAGAGCUGUUCUCUUACAAAGGCAACGAUGUUGAGUACUUUGUGUCCGCUAGUUCCCCGUCUGGUUUGUACCAACUAGAUCUGCUGUCGACAGAGAAAGAUACGCAUUUUAAAGUGUACGCAACCACUACUCCAGAGUCGGACCAACCUUAUCCUGAAUUACCUUACGAUCCUAGAAUCGAUGUCACUUCUCUGGGACGUACAACAGUGACGCUGGCGUGGAAACCAAGUCCCACCGCCUCCUUACUGAAACAGCCAAUUCAGUAUUGCAUAGUCAUCAAUAAAGAACACAAUUUCAAAAGCCUCUGUGCUGUUGAAGCCAAGCUCAGUUCUGAUGAUGCCUUCAUGAUGGCUCCAAAACCAGGUCUGGAUUUCAGUCCCUUUGACUUUGCCCACUUUGGCUUCCCCUCAGACAACAACUCUGGCAAAGAACGUGGUUUCCUAAAAUCAUCAUCAAAGUUUGGGCGCCAAACAUCGUCCAAGCCGAGAGUUGACCUGCAUAAAGUUUGUAUUGGAAACAAGAACAUCUUCACAGUGUCUGACCUGAAGCCCGAUACGCAGUACUACUUUGACAUGUUUGCAGUAAAUACCAACAGCAACAUGAGCACCGCAUACAUUGGCACCUUUGCCAGAACAAAGGAGGAGGCUAAGCAGAAAACAGUUGAACUGAAGGAUGGCAAAGUUACAGAUGUAUUCAUCAAGAGAAAGGGAGCCAAAUUUCUACGGUUUGCUCCUGUUUCGUCUCACCAAAAAGUCACCUUCUCCAUUCAUUCAUGCCUGGAUGCUGUUCAGAUCCAAGUUAGAAGAGAUGGAAAACUCCUCUUGUCUCAAAACGUGGAGGGUGUGAGGCAGUUCCAGCUUCGGGGAAAAGCAAAAGCUAAAUAUCUCAUUAGGCUGAAAGGAAGCAAAAAAGGUGCUUCUAUGCUGAAGAUCCUGGCUACAACAAGGCCUAACAAGCAGUCGUUUCCUUCUCUUCCUGAAGAUACGCGAAUCAAAGCUUUUGACAAACUCCGCACGUGUUCUUCGGUCACGGUGGCGUGGCUGGGCACGCAGGAGAGAAACAAAUUCUGCAUCUACAAAAGGGAAGUGGAUGACAAUUACAAUGAAGAGCAGAAGAAAAGGGAGCAGAACCAGUGCUUGGGUCCAGAUACGAGGAAGAAAUCGGAAAAGGUUCUCUGUAAAUACUUCCACAGUCAGAACAUCCAGAAAGCAGUGACCACAGAGACAAUCAGAGGCCUGCAGCCUGGCAAGUCCUACCUGCUGGACGUUUAUGUGAUAGGGCACGGCGGGCACUCUGUGAAAUAUCAGAGCAAACUGGUGAAAACGAGGAAGUUCUGUUAG